AUGGGUGUUUCAACCCAGCAGACGUCAUUUCCGUAUCGUCAUUCACUUUUCAAAUUGACGUCAUUUCCGUAUCGUCGUUCACUUUUCAAUUUUGACGCGCCAUGCAGAUGUCAGCGGCAAAUCACAUUAGUGUGCGUAGAGGGGACGGAGCUACCACCAAUACAGAAAUGCACAGAGUGCUGCAGCCGGUAUCACUGCCCACUGUGCAAUUCAAACAUUUUUAAACCCACAGACCGAUACCGUGUAAUCAUUCAUUUAAAGGCUCAUCUUGCGACAUCUGUAAAAUACAAAGAUGCCAAAAAGUGUUUUGGAGAAGGUUUGUCUAGAGGUGAUCCUCUCAGACGGAGAUGCCGCCUACCUUACCCUGUCAUUAACAUGUACAGCCUUGAGGGAUGUGGUGUGGUGAAUGUCAAAAAACUGCCCCAGGCUGUAAGAGACAUGUGUGUCCCUUUUAAAAUUGUACAAUGCAGAAAUUGCAGAUGUGUUUUUUCAAAGACUGGGUGGGGUACUGUAGAAACGGAAGACAUGGAGACCUGCGAGGGUUUUAUACAGACCCUGAAUUUCCUGAGCAUUGCCCAGACUGCCAGUUUUAGGGGGCAGGAAUGAGGUGUGGUGUCCACAGUGUGCAAUAGUUUAUUUGGAACUGUUCAUAUUUUAUUUUCUCUUGAAAUAGGGACUUCCCCCACAACCUUACGGGCCUGACUGUGGCAUCUUCAUUCUGAUGGUCAGAUUUGACAAAUUUUACUAAUUAGAUUGUGUCAUUUCCAAUAAAUA